AGUUUAUACCUAUGCUUAUAAUUUAUAAUAGUACUUUGUACUACACAUGCGUGCAGACGUAAGAUAAUUAUGAAAAAUCUAUAUAUCUGAUCAUUUUUGUGAAAGACAAAAAAGAAAAAGUCAUGGUAAAUGUCACGAAAGGGAUUUUAGUUGAAUGCGAUGCAGCUAUGAAGCAAUUUCUUUUGCAUUUAGAUGAGACAUUCGCUUUAGGACGAAAAUUUAUUAUUCAAGAUCUAGAUGAGAGACAUUUAUUUAUCUCUGCCGAUAUUUUAGACACCUUACAAACAAAAGUGGAUGAUCUUAUGGAUCAAAUAUCAUUUCCUCUAGCUGAGAAAGGAAUAUAAGAACUAUCAAAGAAUGUCUUAUUUAUAACCUAUUACAAAAUAGAUUGAAAGAUUGUGAAUUACUAUAAAUUAAUCAAAUAUGGCUGCUCGAGAA